GACUAUUGGCUUGGCCUCGGUGUUGAUGCUAACAAACUUGUAAUGGGUCUCCCACUAUAUGGCCGUUCAUUCAAACUGGUGAAUCCCAGUGUACACGGUUUGCAGGCACCGGCUGAGGGCCCCGGUGGUGAUGAGGGUCCCUACACCAGACAAGUGGGCAUUUUGGGCUAUUUGGAGAUUUGCGAUAACUUAAAGACCGGACAGUGGACUGUCUAUCGGGACGCCACCCAAAAGAUCCCGUACGCCGUCAAAGGCAACCAAUGGGUCGGUUAUGACGACACGACUAGUCUGAGCGAGAAAGUGGCUUUCCUUAAGAGUAAAGGACUGGGAGGCGCCUGUAUUUGGUCCAUAGAUACCGACGACUUUGCCGGUCAUUGCGGUGAAGGCCGGUUCCCACUGUUGACACGAAUCAAUAACGAUUUGGGGUCGGGAUACCAACCCGGCCCAGCGCCAGGACCUGAUCCCGGACCCGAUCCAGGCCCAGACGGUCAGUUUGAGUGCAAAACUGCCGGUUCUUUUGUCGACCCCAACGACCCGACCAUUUACUACCAGUGCCUCGCCUUAGGAAACGGUAGUUUCCAGAAAGUGCCGAGACAGUGCGGUACCGGAACGGUAUUUGAUGAGACCAUCGGUGUCUGUACUCACGCCUAAGGCUGAGAUAAUUGUCCAUAAAAUGUGCAU